ACUAAAUCAAGGCUGGAGUGGGAGGGAGGACUUGGGGAAGCAAAACAUGGCGAAAAAACAAGUUUCGAUCUUGCUUGCAGGUACAAACUGCACCGCAUAGUGCACUGUUGGAUUAUAUCUGUAAGUUAGGGAAAACUGGACGCCGCAUAACGACAGCGACGCUUAACUUUAAAGACUGGAGUGCUCCAGCCUACAAGUAUUACGGUGGCUGGCGAGAACAUUGAGCCUGCCUGUCUGCCUGCCUGUGUUUUCCCCGGAAGGUUGGCAGUACUAGGCGCGACUGUCAACACAGAAAACGCAUGAAGAGGGAAAGUUUAUUCUGGAAAAGACAGUUUAGUCUGCUAGCUUAGCUACGUCAACUAGCACGUUAAGGUUAGAUUAAGCGGACACACCUGAGUCGGUAUCUGGAAUACAUUUUCGCUCUGGCUGAAAUUGGGGGAUAUUUAAGUCGUGGUAACAAGUUUGACAACUGCAACCGCAGGGAACUGUAUUUUAUAAGAGGGUUAUGUUUUAAAUUCUCCACUCUUAUUCAACAGCAAUAUUCCAAGAGCUAUCCAUGUAAGGCUAAUGACAGCCUGACGAUCGGUUCUGGUGCGGUGCGGACGGACCCGGACGCCAUCACAUCAGACGUUGCGUUCUCCUUAAAAACAAGCACUGCGCUGUAAAGGCGUAAAUGUUGUUUUAUACUUUCUCGGCAUAACAAGGGAUGUUCGGGUGGGACAUUAAACCUAUCCGAUAGUUUUUUCAUUUUUUCCCCUCGACAUGUAUCAGUGUAUCAGAUGUAACGGCGGGGAUGUUGUACAGCAGCAAAGACGCGACGUCUUGUCAAAAUGAACGCAGCAAGGUGUUCAACAACAGUGGCAGUGCACUGCAUUUAAAACCUGCUACUUAUUAAUUUGAUACUAAUGGCUGGCUAACAGCGACUUUAACGGUUCGUUUAAAUAUCUUGCUUCACACUGAAUGUCUUUUGGGGAGAUUUUACAGGCGGCGUUUUUGUAAAACAACUGCGGAUAAUAUUAUAGCUCUCGGCCAGAGUUGAUGUGAGCUAGCCAGCUGGGUGCGUCUGUGGCAGCUCUGCGAUGGUUUUGCAAAUUUAAGUGUUGUUCCGCAACAGUUUCGGCACAUUGGAAAGCCAGUUUACUGUAUGUUUCCUUUGGAUUUAGCCGUCACAAGUUCGUUAGCGGCCACUUGAUUCCCCCUCAAAGUUCGUCUUGUCAAAUAACUGGCUAACUUGUUAGCUAACGUCACAAGUUUCGCCAGCUAUGUCUGAAAACGCCCCCACACGAAGCCUGGAUGACAUAGACCUCGCAGCUCUGAGGGAUCCAGCAGGGAUCUUUGAGCUGGUCGAGGUUGUUGGCAAUGGGACAUAUGGGCAGGUGUACAAGGGCCGUCACGUGAAGACAGGCCAGCUGGCUGCCAUUAAGGUGAUGGAUGUAACGGAGGAGGAGGAAGAGGAGAUCAAAGCUGAAAUCAACAUGCUGAAAAAAUACAGCCACCACCGCAACAUAGCCACAUACUAUGGUGCCUUUGUCAAGAAGAGUCCACCAGGACACGAUGACCAGCUUUGGCUGGUGAUGGAGUUCUGUGGAGCAGGGUCAGUGACCGACCUGGUGAAAAACACUAAAGGCAGCUCCCUGAAAGAGGACUGGAUUGCUUACAUCUGCAGAGAGAUCCUUAGGGGACUUUCUCACCUCCAUGCCCAUAAAGUUAUCCACAGAGACAUCAAAGGCCAGAACGUGCUGCUAACAGAGAAUGCAGAGGUCAAGCUUGUCGAUUUUGGGGUAAGCGCUCAGCUGGACAGGACUGUUGGUCGUAGGAAUACCUUCAUUGGCACGCCUUACUGGAUGGCACCUGAGGUCAUUGCCUGCGAUGAGAACCCUGACUCUACCUACGAUUACAGGAGUGAUAUUUGGUCGUUGGGAAUAACAGCCAUUGAGAUGGCAGAGGGAGCUCCUCCUUUGUGCGACAUGCACCCAAUGAGGGCCCUCUUUCUGAUUCCUAGGAACCCCCCUCCAAAACUUAAAUCCAAGAAAUGGUCCAAGAAAUUUAUUGACUUUAUAGAAGGCUGUCUUGUCAAGACAUACACCAGCCGGCCUUCUACAGAGCAACUGCUCAAGCAUUCCUUCAUUAGGGACCAGCCCACUGAACGCCAAGUUCGAAUUCAGCUCAAAGACCAUAUUGACCGUACUCGCAAGAAGAGGGGAGAGAAAGAAGAAACAGAGUAUGAGUACAGUGGUAGUGAUGAAGAGGAUGAAAACCGUGGAGAUGAUAGAGAGUCAAGUUCCAUCCUCAAUGUGCCGGGUGAAUCUACCCUGAGACGAGACUUCCAGCGACUGCAGCAGGAAAACAAAGAGCGCUCAGAGGCUCACAAGAGACAGCAAGCCCAACUGGCAGCUCAGCGCCGAGACCCAGAGGAACACAAAAGGCAACUGCUGCAUGACCGACAAAAACGUAUCGAAGAGCAGAAGGAACAGCGCCGUCGACUUGAAGAGCAACAGAGGAAAGAGCGAGAUAUUGUGAGGCAGCAAGAAAAAGGUCCUCAUCGGAGACUUGACGAUAUGAGACGAGAGGAAGAUAGAAGGAUGGCAGAGAGGGAGCAGGAGUUUAUUAGACAUAAGUUGGAAGAAGAACAGCGGCAAUUAGAAAUUCUUCAGCAGAAGUUGCUUCAGGAGCAAGCUCUGCUUAUGGAGUAUAAGCGGAAGCAGCUUGAGGAGCAGCGUCAGUCAGAGCGGCUGCAGAGGCAGCUGCAGCAGGAACAUGCCUACCUGGUGUCUCUGCAACAACAGCAGCAAGAAAAGAAGCCCCAGCUUUACCACUAUAACAAAAACCUGGAACAUAACAACAAACCUACUUGGGCCCGGGAGGUGGAGGAACGAAGUAAGCUCAACAGACAAGGUUCGCCUAAAAUCUGCACCACUGUCUCUGACACUGCCAUUCAGUCACGCUCUGACUCUAUCAGCCAAUCCGGAGUGGUCCAGUCUGCACAGACCCCACCGAUGCAGAGGCCAGUAGAACCCCAAGGGGGGCAGGGCAAGUUCCAGAUGGCUCACUUGGUUCCACUGAAGCCUUAUGCUGCCCCUGUCCCUCGCUCUCAGUCGCUCUGUGACCAGCCCACUAAGAAUAUGUCCGCCUUCCCCACCCAGGAUCCCUCUCUCACCCCCACACCCCGCCCCAUCCAUUCCAGAGAGCUCGUACGUCAGAACUCAGACCCCACAUCUGAAACCCCGGCACCACUGUCCCAUCAAAUCAGGGAGGAUCGUGGUCCCUGGAUCCGUUUGCCAGAUGUAGAUCUUCCACCCAAGAUUCCCCAGAGGACUGCUUCUAUUGCCACAGCUCUUAACACCAACCUAUCUUCUGGUAUUAGGCAUCCUGUAAGAGCCAGCAAUCCAGAUCUCAGCCGCAAUGAUCGUUGGGAGAGAGGAGACAGUAUGACUAUAUUAUCCAAUCUGCCCCAGACUGGCUCUCUGGAGAGGCACCGCAUCCUCAGCUCAUCCAAAAUGGAUUCUCCCAUUCUCGCCCAUGAAAGUCGUCACAAACCAGGGGAGUCUCGAACCUCUUCCCGCCCCGGACGUCCCGCUAGUUACAAGAGAGCUAUAGGGGAGGACCAUGGCCUCUUUGCCAAGGAGCGUGCUGAGGAGCCACCAAGGCCCCCGGUCAAGGCCAAUGAUUACUCCUCGUCUUCAGAAAGCAGCGAAAGUAGUGAAGAAAGUGAAAGUGGGGAGGGAGCUGAGGAGGAAGAAAGCCCGACAGAUCGUCACCGGGAUGCAGACACUGAUUCAGUCAACACCAUGGUGGUUCAUGAAGAUGAGGGUGAGGGUGGAGAAGGAGAGCAAGCUGGAGGAUAUGGGGAUCAGACCAUGGUGGUGCAGAGAACCCCAGAGAAGAGGAGCCACAAUGGAUAUACUAACUUGCCAGAUGUGGUGCAGCCCUCACACUCCCCAACUGAGUCAGCUACUCACUCCUCUCCUGGGAAAGACUCUGUUUAUGAUUAUCAGUCAAGAGGCUUGGUGAAGGCAUCUGGAAAAUCCUCCUUCACCACAUUUGUGGACCUUGGCAUGUACCAGUCACCAGGAGGUACAGGAGAUAACAUGUCUGUCAGUGGUUCUAGGUUUGAGCAACUGAAGAUGGAAGUAAGGAAAGGAUCCAUGGUGAAUGUCAAUCCCACCAACACACGACCCCCCAAUGACACACCUGAGAUCCGCAAGUACAAGAAGAGGUUCAACUCUGAGAUCUUGUGUGCUGCACUUUGGGGUGUGAAUCUGUUGGUUGGCACAGAGAAUGGACUGAAGCUGCUGGACCGUAGUGGUCAGGGAAAAGUUUACCCCCUCAUCAACUCUCGCAGGUUUCAACAGAUGGACGUUCUGGAGGGCCUUAACCUGCUCAUCACCAUAUCAGGUAAGAAAAACAAGGUGCGUGUCUACUACCUGGCAUGGCUGAGGAAUAAAAUCCUCCACAAUGACCCUGAGGUGGAAAAAAAACAAGGGUGGACCACUGUGGGGGAGAUGGAGGGCUGUGUACACUACAAAGUGGUGAAAUAUGAGAGGAUAAAGUUCCUGGUGAUUGCGUUAAAGAAUGCAGUGGAGGUGUAUGCUUGGGCGCCCAAACCUUAUCACAAAUUCAUGGCAUUCAAGUCUUUUGCAGACCUCCCACACAGGCCUGUCUUGGUUGACCUGACAGUGGAGGAAGGCCAGAGGUUGAAAGUAAUUUAUGGCUCUUGUGCUGGCUUUCAUGCUAUUGACGUGGACUCUGGAAACAACUAUGACAUUUAUAUACCCGUUCAUAUCCAAAGCCAUGUGACCCCGCACGCAAUUGUGUUUCUGCCCAACUCGGAUGGCAUGGAGAUGCUGCUGUGCUAUGAGGACGAAGGCGUCUAUGUCAACACUUAUGGGCGCAUCAUCAAGGACGUUGUCCUGCAGUGGGGCGAGAUGCCCACAUCUGUUGCUCAUAUCUGCUCAAAUCAGAUCAUGGGUUGGGGAGAAAAGGCCAUAGAGAUCCGCUCUGUGGAGACUGGCCACUUGGAUGGUGUCUUCAUGCACAAAAGAGCUCAAAGACUGAAGUUUCUUUGUGAGAGAAAUGACAAGGUAUUUUUUGCUUCAGUGCGUUCAGGAGGCAGCAGCCAGGUGUACUUCAUGACUCUGAACAGAAACUGCAUCAUGAACUGGUGAAGGAACAGCUGCUCUGGUCAGUGUAUAGAGCCCAGCAGGGUCCGGAGGACCAUGUGCAUCCGCAGUCCUCGCUAACGCAUGCACACAAAUGUGAACAUCACUCUCUCUUUCUCUACAUCUCGCUUACACUCAAACACUCGUACUGCAAAGACAAACAUACACAAUCUCACACAAAAACACAUAAAUAAUCUCUAAAUCCAUUCCAGCCUACACUCCUUAAGAUGCAGUUUCUACAGAGGCCCCUUGAUGACAUUCUCCCUGGAAUCAUCAUGAAAGAUUGCUGAUUAGUUUCAACUGUCAAUACCUUUUAUUCAUUUGUACUGUGUAUAUAUAUUCUUGCUUGAUUUACUUUUCUUGGUGGACCUGUGUUCGGUUGUAACUAUUCAGUUUUUAAUUGUGAAGUAUGUUAACAUUCCUAGAUGACUCUACAGUAUAAUAAGAGGAAGGCAUACUUACCAGUAGUAUAUGUCAAAAUAAAUCUGUAAAUAGAUCGCACCUGAGACUCAGAUCAACCGCUCUUCAUGGGGACAUCACAUAAACAAAGGCUAUUAUGCUCAUCUGCUGAGGAUUAGUUUUGAGUCUCACGGUUUCAGAAAGGCUUCAAGGAAAUACUUGAUACACAUUUAACAAAGGGACAUUGCAGUUUGGGCAAAAUGGCCUGUUUGAAUAUUUUUAGUUAUCUACAGAAGAUGAUGACCCAAAGCCUUGAUUUUUUUUUUUUUUUCCUGGCCUGAAUGGCAAACGUUGCUGCUCUUAAUUACAGCAAGAAAACCUGGAAAGCUUUAAAAGUAAAUAACAAAAAACAAUCUGAAUUUUAAUGAAUGUGUAACACCAAGAACCAGUACAGCAAAAUUCCUGCUUUCCCAUCUAAAACCAUUAAUUAUUCACCUCAUCAGACUUGUAUUUCAACUACUUGUUUUCAUAGGUUUACAAAAUAAAAAAAAUGAUAUUUAUAUUUAGUGAUUCUGUGUUGGUAUUAGCCUACUGGUUUUCCUAAUUUACUGUAAUUCUAUUGCAAAUCUAUUGUAAAAUAUACUAUUCUCUAGGAGUGUUAGAAGAGGGGAGGUAAUGUGUGUGCAGCUUAAUGUGAGGACAGCUCUGGAGCGUUGCCUUCCUAUCACAGUGAUCUGCUCUACUGUACUAUAUUUUAGUUCUUAGAUUAUUUUGUUUGUGCAGAUCUUUGUGUGAGAAGUGUUUGUCCAGGGUAUCUUAGUAGAACAGCUCUCUGCAUGGUAUAAUUCACAACUCGUCUUGGGCUUAUAGAAAAAUGUAAUGUAUGGGGACUCAGCUGUACUGCAGAAUACUCCAUCUCAUCAGGCACUUUGGAAAACACAGCUGGAACUCAUGAGACUUAAUAUAUUUUAUAUCUUUGCAUUCUGCCAAAGUUCAUAAGAUAUUUUGCAACAAGGUGGGAAUCAAGGCCAAAGGAAGUAGAGUUUAAAUAGAGUGUAUAUGUGAUGAGGGAGAACGUAUUCCCACAGAAUACUAAUCAAUGUGUUCCUCUAACUUUGUCUAUUUCUAGAAGACUUACUACUCUAGCUACACUCUUUUUUUUUUAAAUCAUUUUAGAGAAAACUGAACCCCUUAGUUUAAGCACCUGAGUUGGGCUUUCAGCCAUGAGACAUCAUAGUAUUAGUAUUAGUAUUAGUAUUACACUUUCUUUACAGGAAAAAGUGUGUUGAAUAAAGCUUUUUGUCUUUUAGUUCAGGGGUUCCCAAUUUUUUUUUUUUUAACUUGUCCUGUCCAGCAUUGUAGCAAACAGAAUAAUGGUCUGGUUGCUGUUCAGGGUUUCCCAAACUUUUCCAUGCCAAGGCCCCCAAACAGCAUUAGCUUCUGGCCAGGAACCCCCAAACCCAAAGACAGUGCUACAAAAUAUGUAAAGAAACAUCAACUUUUAGAUUUUAUUUGCUUACUUUUAUUAACUACUCAGUAGUAUUAAAUUUUUAGCAUAAGAAAAUUAUUAACGAACAUCUUUUCAGCACUGUAAAUUCCCACUGAAUAAUAAACUUUUCAACAAAUUUCUGACAGAACAAAAGACAUCAAACCUCUCAUGUGCGUGUCUGUGUGUGUGCGCUUGCACAUGUGUCUGGGUCUGGGAGCGACAGACAAAAAUGACACUAGUGGGACACUAGAGUCUCCAGACAGAGGACGCAUUUUAGCCAGUUAUAGCAAUUUACCUGUGUGGCAGUAAAGCCAUACCUAAUGUAUGCUGCAUCAUAUUUUAGGAUUUUAGUUGCCGAUGAGUUCUUAGGUUUUUUUGCAGCAGAGUCCUCCAUGGCAGGGCUGUUGGUCUGCUUCUUUGGUCUAUUUGUUCUCAAAAACAUGUCCAUUUUGCGUUAGUUAGCAACAUGCUAACUUGAGCAGUGGAGCAGUCUAAUGUCUUCACAGAAUAUGACAUCAUCAUGCCGACCCCCCAGCUCCCCCUAGUGGCACCCACUCUGAAAACUACUGUUUUAGUUCACUGUGCUGCCACAGCGCUUUGGUGGCCUCAGGUGGACAUUUUAAAUUUAAGAUGGCAGGACUAACACCUGUCUUAUCAUGGUGGACUUGUGGAAAUAUUACUUUUAUAUUUUGGUCUUCCCCAAUUUUUGUUGAUCUUCUUGCAUGCAUCAUGCUUUAUGGGGUUUAGUGGAUUGAAAAGCUUUUGGAAAGUAUGAAAGAAAUCCAGUGAUCAGUGGGAUAGUCUGCUAGAGCUUAUCCUUUAAGCUGUGGAGAUAUAUUUGAUGCAGUCAUAAAGAAAACUAUCAAGAUUGAGUAAAUGUUCAGAGCAGAGAGCAUAAAGUCAAAGACUGUACAGACAAAUGGUUUAUUUUACAGUAAAUUUCCUUAACUGUAAAUGGGCAUGGGAAGCUGCUGUUCUUAAGAAAACAUACAUUUACAAAUAUAUCUCAAGCAGAUACUUUAGUAUGCAUGUAAGCCAUUAAGAUAGAUUAUAUAGUACUGUAUUGAAAGUUGUUUUCCCCUCAAGCAAAUGUGUUGUUGAAUAUCUUUAAUGUGCCAUGACCUACAGUACAGAUUUCUCUAUUACAAUCCACUGGGAGCUCUGGCUCUCCUUUUUUCUUUCUUAAAUCAAUCAGCCAUGUUUACAGUCUAAGCAGUGCCUUGGAAAUGGGAAGGCCAUAGGUUUUAGGAAGAGCUGUGAGGCCCCAUGCGCUAUGCCCCCUGCCCCACCCUAACUUGUCUCUUACUUGAAAUCACAUUAAAAGAGGAGGCACAUCUAUAUUUGCUUCCUUGUUACAAUUAACAUUCAGUGCCAGCUAAGUGCACUUAAACAAAAUCAUGAAUAUCCCUUAAAUAAAUCAGAAAAGUGGCAAUAACAAACAAGACAUUACACGUUCAUUGAAUUUGCAAUGUGUAAAGGAUCCAGUGAGAGCCAGCAUAAGGAAAAGCCAUGUGUGUGAAACCUGUUUGUAGAGAAAACAUAGUUUUUGCACGCACGUCAACUGAAACUCUGUGUGAUGUCAGCUCAGAUAAUAUAGGUUAUUGCUGCACAGAUAAAAUAAGUGCUUAUUCUUCAAUAGUGUUGUUUGUGUAAUCUUCUAGUGGGGAGAGUAGCUUGCUAUAUUCUGAAAAACCUAUUUUAUAAACUAUGUAAAUUUAAUCUAUAUUGAAAAAUAAAGGUGAGUGUACAUCUGACAGGUUUGUAUUUAUAUAAAAAUGUGUUCCACACUAUCAAUCUAAGCACAAUGUAUUUUAAGAUGGAGUGAUCAAAGCUAUAACUGAGUGUCACAGAGAUGGUAUGUUUUUUUUUUUUUUUCUUUUCUCAUUCAAUCAACCGUUAAGCUUGUCAGCGAGAAGUCGAUCUAAAUAGUUGAACAAGUAUUCAGCUGAGUUCAUGUGGAAGGUAUUCAAUGGUUCAGCGUUUAUGUUGUUAUCCAGACAGAAGUUUAGUUGUACGAAGAGUGGCUGUUAUGGUGAUUCGCAUACUAGUUAUGGGUCUGAUCUCUGCUUGCGGAUCUGAAAUCCCCAAGGCCUAACAAGCUGUCAGUACUCUCUGGUGAUCAUCAUGAAAGCAGAGCAGAAGUGUCUUUCAGAGCCUUGUUUUCGCUUCAGUGCUCACAAAAAAGCAUUAAGCAGGUGAGAAGCAUAUUUGAUCAGCACGUUAACAGACGAGGGAGAAGCCGAUAGUCAUGGUUGACAGCUUAAGUUAAUGUUUAAUAAAUACAAAGGUUAAUUCUGCAAUUUUGCACAUCGAAGUCUUGUUCACAGGUGUUACUGCAUACAUAUGGAAAGCUUGUAGGAAGUCCAAAUUGCUUAAUUGGUACCGAAGACCUGAAGCCUGAAACUGGGAAGGAAGGAAUAAAUAAAAACUGAUUUGGAUUGCUAAAUUGAGUCUCGAUAUAUUAUGGUGAGCUUUUAACCGAUAUAAUGAAGUCAUGGCAGAACCUGGUACAAAUUGUGUAUUAAGCUUUGAUGUGUAAAAUCAGCAUGGUGUGUUGUCUUUGGUUUAUAAAUAUUGUCAAAUCUUCAUUUGCAGUUAAAUUAGAUAUAAAAUGUGUAACUUAAGACAGAAGGUAUAUAGUUAAAUGCUGUAAACAUUUAAAUAUUGUAAAAGCAACACAAAUAUCUGUUCAUGUAAAAGAAAACAAAAAGCCAUAGCAUCAUCAUUUACUUAACAUUAUCAUUUCAAGUACAGAAUUUUACUUUUUAACUCAUGAGGCUGAACAUCACAUCUUAAGGUUGAGGGCAUGAGAUAACUGAGAGAAGUCAUUUUCAAAUUGUGUUGCCUGAUCUUCUGCAGCAGAAGUUACUACAGAAUAUCACAGUUUGAAAAGUGGGGUUUGUUGUGGAAAAGUUGUGCUGGUUUCAUUAAAGCACCUUAAGAUGUAAAAAGUGCUGUUUAAUUUGUGCCAAGGGCCAAUAAAAGACCUGAACCUCACAGCUCAUCUUCAUCUGGGAAGAUUUGUGUCAGUGUGGCUGCAAGUUUAAACAGAUUAUUGCUUAACUCCUGUGACUCAGCUUUGUGCAGCCAAAAUGCAAGUUCAUCAUCAGAAAGACACACUGUUACGUUGAGAUGACGCUUCUGAUUUAUAAGCAAUACGAACAUUUGAACAAAUCAAAACCCUGACUGUCCAUCUCAGUGUGGCUAGCAGGAAGUGAUUCUCCAGUGGCCUUUGGCAGACUAAAUGUAGGCUGGUUUGCGUGUUUCAAAAUCAUGAUGUAAUUUUGUCUGUAAUCACAAUAAAUAAAAAGAUUUUUUCUGUCAGCUUAACUUCACCUGUUGGGAUGUUUCUUAAGAUACUAAUAUCUUAAAAACUGCCUUUGUUCGCCUGGUAUGAAAUAAUAAGCAGAUGAUUUAAUGUUCUGAGGCACUCCUGUGUUAUAACUUUAUAUUUCUACUCAUUUGCAUGUGAAAGGACGAGCAGCUGUAGCCGAGUGAGAGGUGGAUCAAAAAUUUGGAGCUAAACUGUCAGGAUCUUUGGACAGAACUACAAUAUCCAUUUAUAAUUUUUCCAGUAACUUUUUUUUAAACUGUUAACAUCUGUGCAAUGUUUUAGUGUGCGUGUGUCUGUGUUACUUGUGAGAGGUUAACUAGAUUGUAUUUGAUAAAUCAAUAAACUUUAAAGAAGUUGUGUUGAAUGAAUUCAUGUCUUAAUACAGAUUGUUUGGAAAAAUAAAAUAUCUUGACCUCA